AUGCCAGAGGCCAAGUUAGCUGCUCCGGCGGAUGGUGGGCAUCAUCCUAUGAUGGCGAAAAUUUUGGCCUAUCUUCUUUUUGCUAUAAGAUCACAACAUAUCGAAGUUGUUAAUGGAGACAGAACAUUUUCAAUACAAACUGAGGGGACAAUGGAACUUUUAGAGAGCAUAUUAGCAUCAAAGUCCGAAGAAUAUGCGGACCCUUCUUUGCGUCAUUUUUUCAUGAUGAAUAAUUGGAAAUAUUUAGAAGUGACAAAUAGACCACGUAAUAUGGAUGCAGUUUUUGGCGAUGAUUGGUUACAAAAAAUCAGAGCAAAGGUCCAACAAAACAUUGAACUCUAUCAAAGAAACUCAUGGGAUAAGGUGUUAGAAUUUUUGAAGUUGGAUAUCAAUGAUUCCAUGGAAGUUAAUUUUGUAGUAGAUUUGAUUAAAGAAAAGAUUAGUUUGUUUAACAAGCACUUUACAGAGACAUGCAGAGUUCAGUGCACAUGGUCCAUUCAUUAUUAUAAGCUAAGGAAAGAAAUGAUUGAAUCUCUCAAGAAUACCUUGCUCCCAGCGUAUGGAAUCUUCAUUGGGAGGUUUCAGGAUUUUCUUAAAACUGAUGCUUAUGAGUAUAUUGAGUAUGGAAUGUUUGACAUUCAUGACAUACUUGAUAAUUUGUUUCUUGGAAACAAGAAAGACAAAUGA